AUGGCUGUCGGUCAUCCUCGAAACGUGAUCUACAUCCUGACCAUGCACGAAAGUGGAAAGCUCAUGGACGACGAGUUCAAGAUUAUCGGGGUGUACCGAGAUGAGGCCGCUGCGGAAAGAGAAGGACGAAGACGGGCUCGGAGGGGAUACGAUAAGGAAUGCGGAUACGAAUCACCUUCUGGCGGCAUGUCAUACAAGAACGAUGAGUCUACGAUGACCACCUAUGAUGUGCAGGAACAUGAGAUCGAUGCCACAAACGUCGAAGCGGACGCGGAGAGCUCUGUCGAUAGUGAUGGGAACUCAGUAUCGUCAGAGAGGUAG